AUGACGUUACCCACACACGCGACACAUUAUGCUUUUAUAGGUACUCCCACCGAGAACAUGCAACAAGUGCAACAAGACGGCAAAAUCAACUGGAACCUCCCGACGUCGGGAGGUCACGGGGCUCCAGUCUACCAACCGAACCGAACCGGUUUCUCCGUCUAUGAUGAAGGUCAUCAUCAUCGAUUGAUCACCAGCGGAGACAGUGGUGGCUCCAAUCAGGCUAACCUCGCGGCCAGCGCGUCGAUCUUCCUUCCGGUGGACGAAAGAGACGAAAGACGACGUGGAAUUUGGGCGCUUAGCCGGGGCAGGCUGGAUCUGCUAUGGGAACAUUACCACGCUGGUGGACUCCCCCCUCCCUCUACAUGGCUACCACGACAUCUCUCUACAUGGCUACAACGAAAUUGGUUCAGCAUCUAUCGGCUUCGACAGCAGUCAAACACGCGGCAUGGGAUAUUUGACUGCGCCUGGAUAGGGCCACAGGUCCGGGGAUGCCAGACAACCGCGCAGCAAUCCAGUUACCUCGAGCUUGGAAGGCCUAUAUGUCUGCGAUGGGGAGUAUAUGCUAGGAGAGGGAUGCACAGAGAUAUUAGGGCAGAGGAAGGCAUUCCACGACGCCGGGAAUCCACGGGCUCCACCCUCCGAUUUUGCACCAACCUCGAACCUUUUCCACACCCUGGAGAUCAUACCUCCGGAGCAAUAGAUCGUAUGGAGAAGGGGUCGAACUGGUCAGCGCCAGCUGGCCUUUAUCCACGAGAUCUUGACGUUGCCGGUAAGCUGUUGCCGAUGCACUGGGUGUCGGAAUUCAGUCUGAAACGCAAGGCCCGAACACCUCUGGGAAGAGAUAUUGCGAUCAGUGCUCUGCACAAAUUUGGGCCGGGAAAAGCCAUCUUCGAUCCACGUCUCGGUACGAAUGCGGCGACUCAUGGCCAGCCCAUUUCUCUGCCAGUGCAGAUCACUGUCGACCUGAAGUCUUGGUCUCGGCUAGUUUCUACCGUCGACCAUUCAUUGAUUUCAUUGCGCCGCCAUUUUCCAUCUUUCCAUUCUGCCAUUCGCGACGAUCCCGAGCAAGAGUCCCUCGAUCACUCCCGAUUGGAUCUCGCGGCAUAG